AGGGUGGGGACAGGCUGAUGGUGAUGGUGGUGGUGGUGGGGCGUGCCAAGCAUCAGCCUCACCUGUUGGCGCUCAGUGUAGCGGUGACAGUGGCUCCACCCCGCCUUGGACCUGCGGCCGGGGGACUCGUGGAUAUCAGAUACAUGUUGAAGCACCGAACCAUUGGUGUAAAGUGUUGCGUGACGCGCCAGCGCGCAGUGUCUAGAUUACAUGCCAAACAAGAGCCAAGCACCGCCGCCUGAGUCCGAAGCGCGAAGCUCUACUAAGGGCUGUUGAGAGUGGCAUGACUCCUGACGUGGAGCCGCAGUUGUGCACUUGAACGAAGCUCCGCAAGUUCCCGAACGCAAUACGAAUCAGUGCACUCGGAACAGUCCCCGUAUCCUCAGUGUGUGGGUACUUCAAUCAAGUCGGUGUAUGGCUAUCGGACUCAUAAGUGAUCUUCCACCAAGAACACUUGGCCGUUAAGGACAAUAAGACCCCCGGCCAUGAGGUGGUCUGGGUCCCCAGCUCGAAGAGAGUGGAAGACGAAGAGAAGGAGUACGACAAACAUCUCUGAAACAUGCGAAAGGGAAUAUUUAAGUAUUAUGCACCAAACAAGUACCACACACCAGUACUGACACGCGGCACAGCAGAACAUCAGCACAAUGACUGGCUUCGGGCUGCUGUCUUUCCUGGGAACCCUGGCCGUGGUAGCGAUGACGGACAUCAAGGCAACAACACAGGUGGAGUGCGAGAGCCCCUUCACGGAGGUGGGAGGCCGCUGUGUGCAUGUUGGACUCAGCACCAUGGGCUCGUGGCACGAUAUGCGAAAGUUUUGUCAGGACCUUGGGGGUGAACUGGUUAAUCUUGCAGACGUGCAGUUCUACAGUGACCUCAUUCUGUACAUUGAAAUCUUACGUUUGAGUAAAAUGCAUUUUUGGAUCGGUUCCACGGACGAAGCAAUUGAGGACAUGUGGGUGUGGACGGAUGGGUCUGCCACCAGGAUGGGCACACCGUUUUGGGCCAAUUAUGGAGUAAACAAUGACCAAAUGCCAAAUGGAGGAACAGAUCAAAAUUGCGCCUUUCUUGAUGCAAAUAUGCAUUAUUAUUUUAAUGACGGUAAUUGUAGCACGCCACAUGUAUAUCCUAUAUGCGGAAAGUAAGAAAACAAAGUAAUAUUAUAUUGUCUUACAGUGACGCACAGGUACCGAAAAUAUUUAUUUAUUUAUUUAUUUUUAGUUUCAGCAAAAAAAAAAAAAAAAAAGUCGUUUGCAUAUCUGACUGAUACAUUGAUUUUAUUUUCAUUAUUUAUCUAUUAUAUAUUAUUUGCUAUUUGUGCAUUUUUGGUAUUUAGAUAUCAAAGAUUAUCUGUAGGUAGCAAAUAAACAGAACCUAACAGCUUUCCAUGCUCUCAGCAACCCGAGUACAACAAUGAGAUGUAAGAAACUCGUCAAGCUUGUUAAUUAUACUGGAAUCUUGAAUUAAUUUUGAAAAUAUUCUGUACUUCAUAAUAAACAUUUUCUCUGAUAUGAAA